UGGUUUGUUAAUUGUGCCAACUGUUCCAAGCAGCGAGCGCCCCUCAAAUAACUAAAAGCAUAACCAUGAACACAUUCGCCACUCUUGCGAUCUUCAUCAGCGCCUGCCUGGCUGUCGGCAGCUGCGGCGGCUAUGGUAGCCCCAUCGGCUAUGGUGGCCCAAUCAAUGUUGGACUCCGUCGUGUCUCCAGCAUUGGACAGCAGUCCGGUGAUGGUGCCGCUGCUGCUUCGGCUGCUGCUUCCGGUGGCGACAAUGGCCCCGUUGAGAUCAUUGCUGGUGGUGCUCCCCGUUAUGGCUCCAGCCAGAAUCUGCGCCCAAUCCUCCUAAACUCUGGUUACCAUGGCGGACUCAAUGACAACAUCGGCCGCAUCGCACAAAUUGUCGGCGGUGGCAGGUCCCUUGGUGGACACCUUGGUGGACAUCUUGGUGGACACCUUGGUGGACGCAUUGGUGGAAACUAUGGUGGGCGUUAUAUUCGUCCCCGUUUUACUGUCCAGCCUGCUGGCGCCACUCUCCUGUAUCCAGGCCAGAACAGCUAUCGUCGCAUUUCGUCGCCCGUCGAGUACUCGAAGGUGAUUCUGCCCGUCCGUGCUGCUGCUCCAGUUGCCAAGCUGUAUAUACCCCAGAACAACUAUGGCAGCCAAGUUGGCUACUAAAAAGUACCCUUUGAGUACUUUGCUCUCUCCGAAUCUCUGAAAACAAUAACAUGGAAGAGUUCGUUGUGCAAACAGCGCCAAUAAAAUUUUGAAAACAAAAAAGAAAACAAAACAAAA